CUGUCUGCACCAUUGAAAGUUGACAGUUCAGAGGCACUAAUCUGACAAAAGGACGGUGUAAAUCAACAACGGAGCAACAAUUUUGGAUUAUCGACAGACUCUGAGGAGCAAAAAAAAAAAAAAAAAACUGAAUCUGGGGCGGCUGCAUGAGAAAGAGAGACGUGAGGACGCACGGGCUAAAGGGCAAGAGGGAGACACCGAGGAGGUGAGUGGCGGGUUUACCCUCGGAGGGGUAAAAAGAUGACUGUGGUGUCCCAGGAGAACCACGACGAGACUGUGGUCGUUACUCCUUUGUUGCAAGAUGCUGCCGACUUGGAGCCGGCGGACCAGGAGUGCAGCGAGAGGGUGUUCAUCAACAUCUCAGGUCUGCGCUUCGAGACGCAGCUAAAGACCCUCUCCCGCUUCCCGGCCACGCUCCUGGGAGACCCGCGCAAGAGGAUGCGCUUCUUCGACCCGCUGAGAAACGAGUACUUCUUUGACAGGAACAGGCCGAGCUUCGACGCCAUCCUUUAUUAUUACCAGUCGGGUGGGCGGCUGCGGAGGCCCGUGAGCGUACCUGUGGACAUUUUCCUGGAGGAAAUCAAGUUUUAUGAACUCGAGGAAGAGGCCGUGGACCUUUUCCGAGAGGACGAGGGCUUGGCGAGGGAGGAGGACCAGACGCUGCCCAACAACGAGUUCCAGCGCCAGUUGUGGCUCCUCUUCGAGUAUCCGGAGAGUUCAGGACCUGCACGGAUAAUUGCUAUCGUGUCAGUUAUGGUUAUUUUAAUAUCCAUUGUUAUAUUCUGCUUGGAGACACUACCCGAGUUCAGAGACGUCCCUCCGCAGACGGACAACAGCAACACGGUGAAUGUAAGCGCACAGGGUAAAGCGACCAGCCCAUUCACAGACCCCUUUUUCAUGGUUGAGACACUUUGCAUCGUGUGGUUCUCUUUUGAAUUCACCAUGAGGUUCCUCUCGUGUCCCAGCAAAGCAGCUUUCUUUAAAAACCUCAUGAACCUCAUCGAUGUCGUGGCCAUAGCUCCGUACUUCAUCACCCUGGGCCUGGAUCUCGCAGAGCAUCAGGGCAGCAGUCAACAGGCCGCGUCCCUGGCCAUACUAAGGGUCAUCCGUCUGGUCCGUGUUUUCAGGAUUUUUAAACUCUCCCGGCACUCCAAGGGCCUCCAGAUCCUCGGCCAGACGCUCCACGCCAGCCUCAGGGAGCUGGGGCUGCUCAUAUUCUUCCUUCUCAUCGGUGUGGUCUUAUUCUCCAGUUCAGUUUAUUUUGCAGAGGCAGAAGACCCCGAUUCUGGAUUUUCCAGUAUACCUGAUGCGUUCUGGUGGGCUGUGGUGACAAUGACCACGGUUGGUUAUGGAGACAUGUGUCCCUCCACCAUUUGGGGGAAAUUCGUUGGAUCUUUGUGCGCAAUCGCUGGAGUACUCACUAUAGCUUUACCCGUCCCAGUCAUAGUGUCCAAUUUCAAUUAUUUCUAUCACAGAGAAAACGAGGAGGAGGAAAACACUCAGUACGUGCACGUGACCUGUGGGCAACAGCAACAGCCCUCAUUUGUUGAGUGUGAUUCAAACAAAAGUAUGCAGUCGCUCUCCAAACCUGAGUCCUUUCAGGAGAGCGACGACCUGGACCCUCCGAAAUAUCCAAAGAUAAAUCCACUUGAGACAUACACAGGGAAACUGACAGAUGUAUAAAGAAGAUGUGUUUUUUUUCCUGGUGAGUUAUCUUCCAGUGGACACGCAGUCAAUGCUUCUCCACGGCGGAUGCUGCAGGUGCUUUUACGCAUGCUGUCUACAGUGGUCUCCAAACGUGGAGCCUCAGAUAUUAGUUUUUGCAAAUACCACCAACAUCAGGAAUUCACGUUAUCUUAAUUCACCAAAUGAGAAAAUCAUUCCUCCACUUCUCACAUUUUCUCAUAUUGGAGAGACUAUUGGAAACAUGCAGAGAGAAGCUGUGGACUUUAAUAUUGUACUCGGGAAACCUUAAAUAAAAACAUGUGGGAACUCAUGAGACACGCAAUUAAACACAUGGAUUAUUUGAACUGGGUCUGCAGCAGUAACAUAGAGCCAUCCGAGAAAACACACGGCUCCAUACGUGACAGGGGCAGGUGUUUUGUUAUUUGUUUACCCAUAAAGACAUUUCAAUAUGAGCUACAAUUUAUUCAUAUAUUGUUGAGAAAAUAGCAUUAUCUAUUUUCUAAUAAUCCCAGAGUAUUGAAAAGAGUCGGAGAGGGCAGAUCAGGCGUGCGUAAACGUGCCAAUGACGCACAAGGCAUCCAUCUCUCCACACUGGAGCACAUGGCGAA